CAUCUACGCCACUCAUUUUAUUUGAUCCGGAACCCUAGCCCUAAUUUUCCAUCGCCUGCAAUAUCUUUGUACCUCGAUGGCAUCCGGUGGGUCCGCGACGCGAUCGGCUUCGGUGAGAUCUUUUGAUUUUGGCUCUGACGACGUAUUGUGUGCUUACGACGAGUACACGCCGCAGAUGGAUCAGUCGUUCAAUGGGAAGCGGUCGGAUUCUUUGGCGAAGCAGGACCUUCAUGAGAGCAGAGUGGGGAGGCCUUUGACUAAUCUUUAUGGCCAACCAGAGGAAAUAUCAAGAGAAGACGUGAUAUCUGCUGUUGAGAAGUGCAUGAAAAAAUAUGCUGACAACCUUACUAGGAAUCUUGAAGGAAUCAGUGGAAGACUAACUCAGUUGGAGUUGUAUUGCUUCAAGCUUGAACGAUCGAUAGGUGAAUUUCGUGCUGACAUGGUUCGUGAACAGAGUGAAGCAGAUUUGAAGCUUAAAUCUCUUGAGAAACAUAUUUAUGAAGUCCACAGAUCUGUACAAAUAAUUAGGGACAAACAAGAACUUUCUGAGACUCAGAUGGAGCUAGCCGAACUCCAGCUUCCACAGAAAAAACCAACUAAUUCAACCCACUCCCAAAAAAACAACGAGUUCCCCACCACAGCUGCUCCUGAAAUCAAAGCUCAUAAGGACGAAAAUGAUUCAUCAAACCUGCAAUUGGCUCUCACUCAUCCACACCAAACAUCUCCCACUCCCGAUCAAAACCAGGCAUGCAAGGUGCCACCCAUGCAGCAUCCUGCCCCUGCAUCUCUUACUGUUCCUCCACAUGAUCAUUAUGUUCUGAAUCAACCAAACUCAUAUUACACCUCCCACCAACCUCAGAGCCAGAACUUUCAACCACCACCUUUUACUCAAUACCGGCCACAGUGGUCGCACCCAAUCCAACCUCUUCAAUCUUCUUCACAACCUCAAGCUCCCAGCCCUCAAAAUCCAUCUCUCUAUGCCCGCUAUCUUCCCAAUCAACCUACCAACACAAUUCAAACUGAAACAUACCAAGGCAGCAGCAUGGCUCCCCCAGCCCCAUACAUCACAGUCCCUCAAACCAGCAGCUAUGGAACUUCGGGUGGCACCAUUCCUCAUGUUCCAUCUCAGCACAACUUGCAGCAAAAUCCACAAAUUUCCUUCAGGCCUCCGCUGCCGCAAUCAAACAUGCCAAGUUAUAAUGCUGUUUAUGUCAUUGAUGGAAGCAGAGCUCCUCAUCCUCACUAUCCACCAAGUAACAAUCUCUCGGCUCCACAAAUCCUUAAUAAUCAUCCUUAUGGAGAGAUGAUUGAGAAGGCUGUUAGUAUGGGUUAUCCGAGGGAUCAAGUCAUUGGGAUAGUGCAGGCCAUGGGAGAGAGCGGUCAGCCUCUUGAUCUCAACGCUCUGCUUGAUAGGCUGAAUGCCAUCGCGAGCGGAGGGAUGCGACGUCCUUGGUCGGGCUAGAGAAUGGGUCUUUGAAAGGCAACUCGUACACCUCUUCAUUAAAACUACAUAUUUCUGAUGAUC